UCAUCAUAGUACAGCACUAGCGACAAGGAUCUCGACAGGCAAGACACCAAUGGGCUUUUGGACCUUUGCUAUCGUGUUUUGUAGAUGCAGAUCGCUGAACGACUAGCGCCCGCCUGAGGCACACUACGCCCCGCCUUUCUCCGCCAAGCAUCGUGAAACAGCAGCCGAAACCCCCCCUUUCCCGCAGACCCUCGCACUAUUCCUAGCUCGUUCCAAGAUCGCUGAUAGAAGCUCAGCCGUCAUUCGCCAUGCAUGUCCAAACAAGCACUUUAUGUGCCAUUGAAGCAUUCUGGAGCCGUGCGCUGAAGCUCACACAAGCAUUAGGACGCAAGAGGUCGAACGCCAAGCAGUAGCUGUCACCGUUGCUGAAACUGAUAUCCCCUAGGAGCAUUUUGUCGAGUAUGCUAUAAUAAGGGUGCUGCCCGUGAACUAUGAGAUAUGUGAAUGGAACCUGAUUUCUUGCUCAAAAUGCCGUUCAUCAAGGGUGCAACAACACUAGGUCAUACGUUCAGGAACUUUGAUCAAACGAUCAUCACGAUUAAAGUUGGAGGAAAGGAUUACCCGGAGUCAUUUAGCUGCCAUCGAGAGCUCCUACGACGGUGCUCAUCAUACUUCAAUACCUGCCUGGAAGAGAAAAGUGGCUCGCCCUACAACAGCUCGAACACUACACUAGAGCUAGACGAUACAAGCCCUGAUGUCUUUGACGCGUUUAUGCUCUGGUUGUAUACUGGUUUCAUUCCACACCAUCUGAUCGAAGGCGGGAAGGAGAUACAUCCUCCGACACACGCCAUCAACCUCAAUGGAAGUGAUAGCACAGCUCCUCAAGACCAGAAUGAGAGCGACGACGUCGAUACCGCGUCGUGGGGUAUUGCUCUCGAGACCGACGAUACAGUUAUAGACACCCAGAACGGCGAGACAGCCAACAGCCCCAUACAACCGAGCGCAGAGAAAGUACCGGGCGAUAGUGAAAGCGAGAAAAGCGCGCCCUUGCCCCCGGCUCGUAAUCCUGCUGAGAAGCCGGAAAUCCCAAAGGAAACUUUGUGUCCCUGCUGCUCACGGCCAUACAAAUGGCGGGGCCUGGAAGGCUUCUUGGAGCGUCGAUUCAUAUCACUCUAUGUGUUCGCCCACCGUUACGCCAUUCCUAAGCUGCGUCGUGCCGUUAUCCUCGCGUGGCAACACAACGACGAGAUACUCCAAGUUAUGCCCGAUCACAGCAACGUGAUUGCUGCCUACGAGAGUCUGCCCCCCGACGCACCACUCUGCCGAUAUUUCUUGGACAUGUACUCAGUGUACUGGAACCCGGAUCGAGAUGAUGAGCGAACAACUGCUUUGCGAAGUCAGCUUCCGCAAGCGUUCUUGUUCGAGUUAGUGACAAUGCUGGCAAGAGGAGAGAGACCCAAGAUGGAGAAGGAGUGGUGCGAGUUCCACGAGCAUGAGACUGAAGAUGACAAAAAGGUUUGCCUAGAUGAGUUGUAUAAGGACGCGGUCGCUAGUAAAGCACUGAGACGAAUCAAGGACAGCAAGGGUUGGAAGGGCCUGGUUUUGAAGAAAGGAAAGCGAUGAUGAUCGAAAGAAUCUGCGUUCGUUAUAGCAUGAAAAAGAAAGGAGUUAUCCAUCCCAUGUACGAGUUCCCCAUCAGCAAAAUAGCU